AUCAUGUCAAUUAUAAAUUUAAAACAAAAACAAAACACAAAUCUAACCUAAAUUGUCAGUUAAUGAAAAUCUGACUUUUAGUUGAUGUUUUAAUUUAAAAUUAAAUCGUGUUUUAAGUGUGCAUUAAUCAUGACACAAAGACAAAUAAAAACCGCUCCGCAUGGACUUCACCUCGAUUCUUUGGUAUGUGAAAAAUACAUGAACAAAAUAGCAAAUCGAGAAAAACAAAUUAACCAAAUAUUAUCAGCAACUGCAAGAGGUAGGGAGAAAAUUAAAUCACCAAUAAAUGAGCACCGGGAUAUAAAACCUCGACCUAAUGUAAGACAGCAAAAUGUAUCUCCAACACUGACAAAGAAUGCAAAGAGAAAUGUAAUGCAAUAUGCAGAUGAUUCUGCAUUAGUGGAAGGAUCAGUAAAACCAUCUAAUAGACAACGAUCGAAAUCAACAGCUGAUAGGGAGUGUUGGAGUCAAAUGCUAAAAGAACAUAAAGGUGGUGAUAAGUUUUCUGUUUUUGGAAGUUUUGAUCCUCUUCGUACCUUGCAUUUUCUAUCUAAAGAAUUACAACUGCAGUUACAUACGAUUUUGCCAGAUGACGAUAAAGUCCAAGGAAUAGUUUCUGAUAUGCAAUAUGCCUUGAAGAGGGUCCCACCUGAAAUAGCAUCACAAGUUCAUUUACUACAAGGUCUAGAAAUUCUACAGGGAAAAGGAAAACUUCCUAUUGGAAAGCAUAUUCGAGAGGAAAUAGAAACAUUAGACUGCGGUGUACAAACUGUUAAUAUAAAAACUUUCGAGAAUAGCGAAAAGCUGCAAAAGAAAAUGGCCGAAGGUACGUUAAAAUUGGAAUCCAGUUGUAGACAAAUGGAAAAGAUUUGUACGGAUUUGAAAAAGGAAAAAAAUGAAUUGGAAGACGAAUUAGAUGAAGCUAAAGACGAAAUUGAGUUGUUAAAGAAGAAAAUCAGUAAGUUGGAACACGAAAAUAACGAAGUCCUCAAUCCUCGUAUUAAUUCACUAGAAGGCGAAAAUCGCGCACUCAAUAACCAACUCAAAACUCUAUCGUCUAAUUCGAAUAACCAAUUCGAGCACACGGUUAACAAUCUCAAGUCUCAAAUUGCUGAGCUGAGAUGUCAAAAAAAUGCUUCGGAACAGGAAAACAAUAAGCUCAAACACCAAAUUAAAGUGGGCGCUUUAGAAAGGGAAAAAUUCAUCGCUGUAUUGACAUUGAGGGACACGCAAAUCAAUGAGAUUCGAACAGAAAUGAGCCAGUUGCAAGAGCUUGUUAACGAACAACUCAUGGAAGUGCAUAGCAAUGCUUUCGAAGGGGCUCCUAAUGCAGAGUGCACUGGUUCCAACUGUCCCGACGGUAAACCAGACGAUAAAAUGGGAAAAAAUCUUUUUGCUGAAGAUAAUACAUUGUCUACAAUUCUAACAAAUGAAGAUUUUGCUAGAGGGCCUAGGAAUAAUAUGUCUUCCAAUUCUUUCAAAGAGUUACAGUCUGGUGAAAUUGAUAUGCCGAAUAUUCCUGAUUUAGAAAAUAUGAUAAAAUCAUUGCAUACUCAAGAUCAAAAAGUUCAAGAUCAAAUAGCCGCAUUAGAAAAGUUAGAUUCCCAUUCUAGUAUCAAGACAAUGUUUGAUGAAAUUAAAAAAACUGCAUAUGCCGUCGCCAAAUCUCAAAGAAGUAACAAAUAUAGUUGAAGACUGUGAGUUAUAAUCUGUGAUGUGACCCGUUUGAGUAAUGAGAGUCGAUGUUUUUUUUAUUGUGUUGUAAUUAUAACUUUUUCGAUAUUGAAAAAAUAAACAAUUUCAUUUUUUUUUUCUAACGUCACUAAUGUGUACUGUACAAUUUUAAAUGUUGAACAGGACUUUUCAUUUUGACUGAUAGGUUAGGUUGAAAAUGAGUGGAAUGAUC